GCGCGCUCCCUUUCCUUUUUAUAUCCACCCCCCCCCCAAAAAAAACCCCCAAAAAAACAAAGCAAAAUGCCCGUCGUUCGUCUCGUGUCAGGUCGGAGCUGCGGGGGGAAUUUCGCGACACCGUCGAUCCGUUCGGAGGAGCGUUUCGGCGCGCGCCUGGGAAGAGGAGCCUCGCGUCGGCACGAGCGCGUCCGCACGCGCGGCGUGGGUAAAGCCGGGAGAACGAACAUGGAUUACCUGACGUCUGCAGAAAUUAAUGGCCAUGAGUUCGUAUAUGGUGAACUCUAAGUAUGUGGACCCGAAAUUCCCCCCUUGCGAGGAAUAUUCCCAGAACAGCUACAUCCCCGACCAGGGCUCCUCGGACUACUACGGUCCGGCGCAGGACGCCGACUUCCAGCAUCCAGGGAUCUACCCGCGGCCGAGCUACGCGGAGCAGCCCUUCAGCUGCGGCACCGCGCAGGAGCGGGGUCACGCGCAGGAGCGAGCCGGCGACCCCGGCCCCUUCGCGGCGCGCGCCGAGCAGCAGCAGCAGUGCCCCUCGGUCCAAACGGCCGGUCCGCGGACUUGUGGACAGCAGCAGCAGCAGAACGCGAAGAGCCCGAACGGGAUACAAGCCAAGCAGCCUGCAGUGGUUUACCCCUGGAUGAAGAAAGUCCACGUAACUACCGUGAAUCCGGAUUACACGGGAUCGGAGCCCAAACGGUCGAGAACGGCGUACACGCGGCAGCAGGUUCUGGAACUGGAGAAGGAAUUUCACUUUAACAGGUACCUGACCAGGCGGCGGAGGAUCGAGAUCGCGCACACGCUCUGCCUGUCCGAGCGGCAGAUCAAGAUCUGGUUUCAGAACAGGAGGAUGAAAUGGAAGAAGGACCACAAACUACCCAACACGAAGGGCAGGUCUUCCUCCUCCUCCUCUUCCUCCUCUUCCUCCUCUUCCUCCUCCGCAGCGGCGGCGGCGGCGGCCUGCAGCCAUCUGCAGAACCUCCAGAAGGAUAGCCAGACUGAUAUCACAACUUUGUAAGAGAAGAAACACAACUUUACCUCCCUCCUCCACCGUAACUGUACACCAAGAGACACGGGUUGUGCGUGUGCGUGCGUGUGCGUGCGUGCGUGUGCGUGCGUGUGUUCUGUUUUUGUUUGGACUUUUGGACUUUUGCAUGGACCUACGUCGUCUUCAGCCGUUUGUAUUUAACGAAAAGGAGAAAAAAAAAGAAACCCGUGGCCGCAGGGAGCGUUGACUCCACACCGAGUCCGAGGACCCGCACGCGGGCCGAGUCCUCCAAGAGGCACGGCGGGUCAACCCGUCCCGUCCCCGUCCCGGACCCGAACCCAGGGAAGACGCGGCGAGACCGCUCCGGCGCCCCCUCGUCUUCUUCAAGUCCUCCAGAAGCUGGAAGAGCCGCUUGUCGUCGUCCCCCCCACCCCCCCCCACCCCAUCCCACCAGCAGGCCCACCCGCUCUCCCGAACCGCCGAACCGGCCACAGAGCGCGCGAGAGGAACGGCGGCGGGGAACGGUCGCGCCCCGGUUUCUAUUCGUUGCAGUUUGCGGUUACGUGUCAUUGUAACGAAUCCCUUUUAACUUAUUUUGUACAACACGUUUUUUUGCAACAAAAAAACCAAAAAAAAAGAAACAGAAAAAGCGAAAUUUUAU